AUGGAAGAAAAGUUAAAUGAAAUGGAACAAGCUGGUAUCAUCACAAGGACAUCAACGCCUUACAGUAGUCCAUUGACAUUCACUCUUAAAAAAGACGGCUCAAUUAGAGUUCUGCUUGAUGCCAGAAGCAUAAAUAAGAAAAUGGUUGCAGAAACAGAGAAACCACCUAUACAAUUAGAUGUUUUGAAUUCAUUUCACGGAGCGAAUUAUAUCACUACCAUUGACUUAAAUAAUGCAUAUUUUCAAAUUCCGAUAAAUAAAGAUGGUAGAAAAUAUACUGGAUUCACAUUCAAUGGAAAGUCAUAUGUAUAUAAUGUUUUGCCGCAAGGAUUAAAAACAUCAGUAGGAAGCUUUAGCAGAGCCAUGAAUUUAAUAUUAGGACCAGAAGUCCAAGAAUUUUGUGUGAACUAUUUAGAUGAUCUAGCCAUUAUUACAACAGGAACGUUAGAUAAACAUUUGGAGCACAUUGAUAUUGUUUUAAGUAAAUUGAACAAAGCUGGCUUAACGUGUAACUUGCAGAAAUGUGAAUUUAUUUGUAAAGAAAUUAAAAUGCUGGGUUUUAUAAUUUCAACAGAAGGCAUAAAGACAGAUCCCGAUAAGAUUCGAGCGAUCCAAGAGUUUCCAGCACCUAAAAAGAUUAAACAAUUAAGGGCCUUUUUAGGUCUAUGCAAUUUUUAUAGAAGGUUUAUACCAAAUUACAGCGAGAGCAUAAUACCGCUCUGUGAAUUACUUAAAAAGGGACGAAAGUUCCAAUGGAGCGGUAAAGAACAGAAGGCAUUUGAUUUCAUAAAACAACAAUUUAUUAAUACAAUACAAUUGCAUCAUCCAGACUUUAAUAAGCCGUAUUAUUUACAAACAGAUUGUUCCGGUGUGGGUAUGGCCGGAGUACUAUAUCAGAUAGAUGAUAAUAAUGAAAUGAGAAUUUUAGGCUAUCAUAGUAAAGCCUUAAAAGGCCCCGAAUUAAAUUGGUCUGUUACUGAACAAGAGUUUUAUGCUGUAAUAAGCUGCCUAAAGAAAUUUCAAACAUAUUUGCGGGGCAGUAAAGUAAUAAUACUAACUGAUCAUAAAGCAUUAUUGUUUCUUAAUAAUAUGAAGUUAUUCAAUGGUAGAGUAACCCGAUGGAUUUUGUAUAUAGAACAAUUUAAUUAUGAAGUACAGCAUAUAUCGGGUAGACGUAAUAUUGUUGCAGAUGUGCUAUCACGUUAUCCUCCUGAUGGCGAUUUAAUACAAGAGGAUAAAAAUAAUAGUUUAGAAAUUGCUUACACAGAGAGCGAACCGAAUAUUGAGUUGAUAAAAAAAAUUAAAAUCCUUAUCAGUAUAUCAAUUACAAGAUUCAGAGUCAUUGGCUAUUAUUAA